ACAAAUUAAAACGCACAGCUUUUUAUCAAAAUACAUUUUUUUAUAUUUUUUGUAUUUUUGGUUCAGUAAAAAUGGCAGUGUUUGAUGUGUUUGAUCCGUUACAAAAUAUUACCCCUAAAUUUACUGAAGAGCAACUAGAAGUUAUUAUCGAGUGGUUUGAUAGUAAUGCCAAACCUCUCCUUGUGAUAAAUGAUGGAGAACCAAUAAAUGUAAUAAGCAUUGAACAAAUAAUAGAUUUUUUGAAACUAAAGAAAUUUCAUAGAAGAUCAUUUCAUUAUCCAACUUAUGGUGAAAUAAUGACUGAGGCGGAUAAUCUUAAAGCUGGACAACUAAGAAUAGUCACAAAAGAACAAUUUAUAUACAUGUUAAACCAAUGGGUUCUCGAAACCACUUUGAAGCACGAACUUAUGUUAGCUAUUAAGAUCUUUGAUACAGAAAAACGUGACUUCUUGGACAUAGAAGAAAUUCAGUCUAUAGUUACAAGUUAUGGGGAUGUAUUCAAUGACGACGAAGUAAGAGAAAUGUUACGGGAUGCCGAUGUAAGAGGGGAUGGAAAUGUUGUCUACGAGGAAUUUAUCGAUAGCAUAUUCAGCGUAGCACCUCAGUUAAAUAAUAUUAUGAUUGAUUAUUUAUAUGAAAAUCCAGAUGAGGACCCAUCCGUUCCACCAGAGCCAGUUGAAGAAGAACCACCACCACCACCGCCUGCACCUCCGCCUCCGCCUCCGCCACCACCACCUAAAGAUAAAAAGAAGAAAAAAUGAAAACCGUACUUUAUACUUACAUAGUGAUGUACUUAUGUCUAAAAAUACAUUUCAUUUUCAAUUAUGUUGUUAUUGUGACGUCAAAAAAUUGUCCAUGUGAAAUUAUUGUAUGACGUUAUUUUAAUG